GCCCUAGGUAUGGCGGGAAUGGGUAGCAGAAUUUUUGACGGGAAUGGGAGGAGUACAUUGGAACCUAGUAGUGUUUAUUGUUUAGACUAGUAGAAAAUGUUGUCUAUCCAUUGAAAGUAGAAAGGCCGAAUGUUAAUAUUCCUCAAGUCCGGUCUGAAGUUUGAACAAUGGGUAUCUAUCCAAUUUCAAGAUGAUGGAAGUCUCUUGAUUCUGAAAUGGUGUUUUCUUCCUACCCGCCCUUUUCCAAUUCCGUCGAAUGACUCCACUAAAGGCCCACCAGUUAAUCCCCAUCAGUCACCGUUCUUUCCAACCAUCAUACAAUGAAAUCUACACAAACCGCAUUGAAUCAUACACUCGUGAUCGGGCACUGCAAUCAGGCAGGGUACUACAUGCUCACCUGAUCAUCACUGGGUUAGCUCGUUUGACCCAUUUUGCCUCCAAGCUCAUAGCCUUUUACACCGAGUGCAGACGAUUGCCUGAUGCCCGGAAACUGUUCGACAAAAUUCCCCAACGAAACGUCCGCCGUUGGAUUGUUCUGAUCGGGGCCUACGCCCGCCAUGGCUUCCACCGUGAGGCUAUGGGUGUCUUUUCUGAUAUGCAGAGAGAAGGUGUAAGACCCUGCAAGUUUGUUCUCCCCAGCAUUCUCAAAGCCUGUGGACACCUCUCGGAUCAACUAACCGGAGAGAAGAUAUACGCUGUAGUUCUCAGACACGAUUUUGGUUUCGAUGCAUUUGUUAGUAGUGCAUUGGUAGACAUGUAUUCAAAAUGCGGGCAAAUUGAGAAGGCGAGGCGGGUUUUUGAUGGGAUUGUUGGGAAAGAUGUAGUUGCAUUGAACGCUAUGGUUUCGGGUUAUGUUCAACAUGGGUCUGUUAGAGAUGCAUUGUGUUUGGUCGAGGAAAUACGAGAAAUGGGAGUGAAGCCCAAUGUGGUAACAUGGAAUGCGUUGAUUUCAGGAUUUGCACAAGCCGGCAAUGAUUCUAUGGUCUCUGAAAUGUUUCGAUUGAUGCAUAUCGGUGGAGUCGAGCCAGAUGUAGUAACUUUUACAUCAGUAAUUUCUGGGCUUGUGCAGAAUUUUCGAAACGAUGAAGCUUUCCAUGCGUUUAAGCUAAUGAUAAAGCUUGGAAUGUAUCCGAGUUCUGCUACGAUUAGCAGCCUCCUCCCUGCAUGUGCAACCUUGGCAGAUUUUAAGCGUGGAAAGGAGAUUCAUGGAUAUGCAAUGGUGAGUGGAGUGGACGAAGAUGUAUUCGUCCGGAGUGCUCUUGUUGACAUGUACGCAAAAUGUGGUUUUAUCUACGAUGCAAGGACAUUGUUUCAAACCAUGUCAGAGAAGAACACAGUGACUUGGAAUUCCAUGAUUUUUGGAUACACGAAUCAUGGAUAUUGCAAUGAAGCAAUUGAGCUUUUCAAUCAAAUGGCAGAGGUGGAAGAGGAAAAACUAGAUCACUUGACUUUCACCGCUUCUCUCACUGCCUGUGGCCAUGGGGGAAUGGUUGAACUCGGGCAGAAUUUGUUUGACUUGAUGCAACGAAAGUAUGGGAUUAAACCAAGGUUAGAGCACUACGCUUGUAUGGUGGAUCUUCAUGGUAGAGCGGGAAAGAUUGUUGAGGCUUAUGAUUUCAUCAAGAUGAUGCCGAUUGAGCCUGAUUUAUUUGUGUGGGGAGCAUUGUUGGGUGCUUGUAGACAAUAUGGGAAUGCAGAUCUUGCUGAAAUAGCAGCAAAGCAUCUGCAUGAGCUUGAACCUGAUAGUCGAGGAAGCGGUUUGUUGUUGUCAAAUAUGUACGCAGACUCAGGGCAUUGGGGAAAUGUUGCAAGGGUGAAGAAGAUGAUGAAGAAGAGGAAGUUGACAAAGUAUCCCGGAUGUAGUUGGAUAGAAGCCGUCUAGUCUGAAAUCGCAGUUACAUUUGAAAAGCUGCCAUUCUAUUCUUUACCUUGAACUUUGCUAUCCAAGCAAAUAUGAGACUUCUGAAUGCUGCUAGGUGUUAAUACAGACCUUGAUCUUACAUGAUCCAGCCGUAAAAA